CUCCUCUCUUAUCCACCCCACCGUCCAUCCAUCCCGCACACUGCGCUGGAUCCAGGCUCCACACCACUGCUUCUCUUGCUUACACACAAUACAUCGGAUUUUACACAAACAGCUCACGUUUUCUCUCACAUCGUGGUUAAGAGGUGUGUUUUUUUUUCCGCGUCUGAUUAUUUUUACACCUGAGAACAACAAUGCGUAAAACAUGCACGCUCCGGCUGUUUUGAGACUGGAUUAAAAAGGUGAACUACAGGCAGCACGCAGGACUGGACCAAAAGCAAGAGGCUUCACUCCCUGACAGCAUGGCUGUUAACAUGACGCCAGCUCCUGCCAUUUGGGCAGGGGAGGAACAACCGUCGCUGCUGGACCAGGAGGACUCGGUGUCGAGCCAAGCCCCCCUUUCUCUGCCAUGCCCAGCGGUCAGAGCCGAGCCUCUCAUCCACAGCAGCAGCAGCAGCAGCCCGGUCAUCACAAGGCCUCCCCGCAGCAAAUCCAAAGGCGAGCUGGUCAUUGUCAUCAACGAGAAGCUGAAGAACAGUGUAGGUAAUGGGAUCCACUCGGCGCCCUCAGAGAGCACCUCUCCGGUCAUCUGCUCUCCUCCCAGAAGGCAACACUCCAUCUCCUACCCCCAUCAUAACAAGACCAGGAAGGGAAGCAGGGCGAGCUCCAUCGGCUACACCGCCUUCUCGCCCAGGCCUUCCAUUUCCCGCCACUCCAGCAUCGCCACCAACCCUCCGCUGGACCGCACCAAGGUCAAAGACUACCUCCUCCUGUCUGUGCUGGCCUGCUUCUGCCCCGUCUGGCCCAUCAACAUUGUGGGAUUUGUCUACUCCAUCAUGUCCAAGAACAGCCUCGAGCAGGGAAACCUGGACGGCGCUGUGCGUUUGGGACGAGUGGCCAAGAUGCUCUCCAUAGUGUCACUAGUGGGAGGGACGGUUAUUAUAAUCGCCUGCAUCGUCAACCUGGCCAUAAAUGUGAAAACCUGAGUUUCAUCCCAGGAUGAAACUGGAUAAGGCAACUGACCGUCCGGCCCGCACCUGCACCACCGUCUUUACCGCCUAGUCAUUACCUGGAUGUGUGACAAAUAUGCACCCGAUAUACAGUGCGUACUUGUAUUUCUGUAAUCUAUAUAAAUCCCUUUUUGCUAAUGGAAGAAAAUAAAAUAUGAAAAUGCUGCUGUUCUGAGUCAGGAGACGGGAGAAGACAGUCUAAUCAGCCGCUUCAUAUUCUGGUCGACACAUUCAUAACGAUUCUUGAGAAACUCUUCGAGAAACAGAACUGGCUCAAACAAGGUGGACUAGAAAACUGCGUGGAGGUGGUUUCAGAACGUGAACCAUCAAGGACUGCCUCCCAGUUUCAGCGCCUCGUGCAACAAAAUGUCCGCCCUUCACUUCACCCAACGACAGGACACAUCAGUUUGCCGUCAAAUAUUUUCUCAAACAUGGAGAAGCUCUGGGAUUUGGUUUGGUUGCAUUGGAAUCACAGAGCAGAGAUCAACCCAGGCAGAGCACAAACACUUUCAAUCGCUGUGUGUCCUCUUGUUUCUGACUCUUCUCUGUGGUUCUCAUGACUCCCACCCAUACAUCUUGCGUACGGGUAGCAAAAGAGGAUGAAAAAGAGGCUUACCAAGGACUAGCAACGGGUGCUAAACUGCAAGGGAUUAUGGAAAGUCUCACACAGAAGGCACAGUCAUCACUGGAAGGAAAUAUAUGUGCCAAAAAGAAGAGCCGACUCCAAACACAGAGUUGUUGUUGUAGAGACGAAACGUGUUUUUUUACUCUGCUCCAACUCUACUGUCUGUAUAUCCGCUCAACACCACUGACCACUGUGAGCCUGGGAAGGGUAUACAACAAAAAACAUUGUAGCAUCAACGAUACUAAUUAUUAUCAUCAACAUAUAAUCCAUCUUUUGAUAACGUUUAUAAAAGAUCACUUUAAAACUGAAUUUCAUAUGCUCUUGAAGUGCUGUGCCACGCGGUUGACAGAUGGUAGUAUAGUUGUAUGCAUAUGGGCAUCUGUAUUUGGUUAACAAAUGAAAUUGCUUGUUAUUGCAGUCAAAGGCUUUAGCCUCAGUCUGCAUCCACAGGUAGCCCAUUAUCGCAAACAACAGAGAUUGUGGCUUUUUGUCUCCUUUAAAAAACCUAAACCGGCAAUGUAAACCUUCAUAAUUUGCCCAUUUGGUUGUGAUUUAUUAUUAUAUCUUCUGUAUAUUCUUAAUUAACCUUUAAUCUUAAUCUACCACUGUGAUCUGAAACAACUGGGUUUGAUCGAUGAUGUUUAAAACUCUUCUUAUUUACUAUAUCCUGGAUUUGGGAUCAUGUACAGAGACUUCACACAUGCAGACGACUUUCUGUAAUGAUUAAAUGCGGCAGUUUUUAUUUCCUCUAUUAGCACUUAAUAUGUCAAUUUAACUGUAAUCGACAGUGUAUUCUGAUAUAAAUCUCAAUAUUGUGAUACUUCUCUAGUUGAUAUGAGUUUAAGUAGUUUUGAUCUAACGUAGACACAGUUACUGACAUUGUGUUACCACCAGGCUUCUAUAAUCGUUGUGGUUAUUGGCAUGCUGUGGAUUUUUGUUAACAUUUGAUGAACGAAGAUGUAAAUUACAGAGAUUAAGCUGACACUUGGAAUAUUAUACUCCUGCAGCACAUUCAUAAUAAAGACACAA